CAUCGUCCGUCAAAAACCAGAUCAUACUGAGCUGAUGGCCUUGGCGCUUUCCCAGGCGGCGUCGGUCAAGGCCGAAAUCAGGCUUCACCAGGCUUUGAAACAAUUUUCUCUCGCGCUGGAACCUCGACACCAGGCCGAGUUCAACAUCUUCAAGUCUCAGAGCGCCCCCACCUUCGAAACCGUCAUUGAACUCAGCAUCCAGGUCAGCCGAGACGGGAGAUAUCAGCAUGCGGGUGGCUGGUUGCCGAAGUUCGGUCCUCGGUUGGAGCCGUUGCUACACCGGAUCCAGUUGUUCAGCACAGCUGGCGAUUUACUCAUUGGCGGCUCUCAAAACUUGAUUGCGAGUGGAGUCUGGGCCUGCGUCAGACUGUUUCUCAAGGCCGCCAUCGGAUACCUCUCAUUCUUUGACAAGUUCUCACUCGUUUGGGACCGCGUCGGUCAAUCGGCUUUGAUUCACGUGAACCUUGCGAGGAUGUUUCCCCAAUCUCCUUAAUUACAGACUUUCAUGUGCGAAUACCUCAUCGUCAUUGUUACAUUCUGUCACCAAGCCUUCCAAUUUGUGACUCAAUCGCGUCUUAAACUAAUAGCAUCGGCCCUUAUGCUGUCCUUUGACCAGCAAUUCAAAGACUUCGAGAUUGGACUCGAG